AUGGAGAACGCUGAGGAAGAGGGAGCUUGGAUCAGUGAAAAGGAAGCCAUGGCUGUCCGAGGGGAUUCUGGAGACACACUGGCUGCUACUCAGUCCUGGAUACUCAUCAGUAUAUUUGUCCCUCUUCUUUGCCCCUCAACCUGGCUGUUGCAGGAAAGUCAGAACAAGGAGAAGAUUUCUGCUAAGAUAGAGGCUCUGAAUGAGAAAACCCCUUCUCUGGCCAAGGCAAUAGCUUCUUGGAAGUUGCAAUUGGAAGAUGAUUAUGCCUUUCAGGAGUUUAAUUGGAAGGCUGAUGUGGUGGAAGCCUGGAUAGCUGAGAAGGAAACAAGCCUGAAGACCAAUGGCAAUGGUGCAGACCUUGCUGCCUUUCUCACUCUCCUGGCAAAGCAGGACACGCUGGAUGCCAGCCUGCAGAGUUUCCAGCAAGAGAGACUUUCUGAGAUCACUGACCUGAAGGACCAACUGGUGGCUGCUCAGCACAGUCAGACCAAAGCCAUUGAGGAGCGCCAUGCUGCCCUGCUGAGACACUGGGAACAAUUGCUGGAAGCCUCUGCGUUUCACAGACAGAAAUUGCUGGAGAAGCAGCUGCCUCUACAGAAGGCUGAGGAACUAUUCAUGGAAUUUGCAAACAAGGCUUCAGCUUUCAACAACUGGUGUGAAAAUGCUGAAGAGGACCUGUCAGAGCCUGUACACUGUGUUUCCCUGAAUGAGAUUCGGCAGUUGCAGAAGGACCAUGAGACCUUCUUGGCCUCCUUGGCAGGGGCUCAAGCAGACUUCAACUAUUUACUGGAGCUAGACCAACAGAUUAAGGCCUUAAAUGUGCCCUCCAGCCCUUAUACCUGGUUAACAGUGGAGGUCCUAGAAAGAAUCUGGAAGCACCUACCUGACAUCAUCAAG